AUGGUGAAGCUGGAUAUACACACACUGGCUCAUCACCUCAAGCAGGAACGACUGUAUGUAAACUCAGAAAAGCAACUUAUCCAAAGGCUCAAUGCAGAUGUAUUGAAGACAGCUGAAAAGCUGUACCGCACAGCAUGGAUUUCCAAGCAGCAAAGGAUUAACUUGGACAGACUGAUCAUAACAAGUUAAUUAAUGUAAAUGUUUCGAUGUUUUUUCUUUGAAGUUCCUGCUGAAUGUUGCCAGCAUGCUAAAAUCUUGGAGGAUACGCAGUUUGUGGAUGGAUAUAAGCAGUUGGGAUUUCAGGAGGCUGCUUACGGAGAAUUCCUGAACAGAUUGAGAGAGAACCCUAGGCUUAUUGCAUCCUGUCUGGUUGCCGGAGAGAAGCUCAACCAGGACAAUACUCAGAGUGUCAUUCACACAGUCUUUACCUCCAUUUAUGGCAAUUGCAUCAUGCAGGAGGAUGAGAGCUACCUUCUCCAGGUCCUCCGUUACUUGAUUGAAUUUGAACUCAAGGAAAGCGACAACCCUAGGCGGCUGUUGAGACGAGGCACCUGUGCAUUCAGCAUCUUAUUCAAACUAUUCUCUGAAGGGCUCUUUUCAGCAAAACUUUUUCUUACUGCAACUUUACAUGAGCCAAUCAUGCAGCUUCUAGUUGAAGAUGAAGACCACCUUGAAACUGAUCCAAACAAGUUAAUUGAGAGAUUCUCUCCAGUACAACAGGGAAAGUUAUUUGGAGAGAAAGGCACAGAAAAGUUCAAGCAAAGAGUCCAAGAGAUGGUUGACUCCAAUGAGGCCAAGCUGGUGACCUUGGUGAACAAAUUCAUUGGCUAUCUCAAACAAAACACGUACUGUUUUCCUCACAGCUUGAGGUGGAUUGUGUCUCAAAUGUACAAAACGCUCUCAUGUGUAGACAGGCUGGAAGUUGGGGAGGUCAGAGCAAUGUGCACAGAUCUUCUUCUAGCGUGUUUCAUCUGUCCUGCAGUUGUUAACCCAGAACAGUAUGGGAUAAUUUCUGAUGCUCCUAUAAAUGAGGUGGCAAGGUUUAAUCUGAUGCAGGUUGGGAGACUUCUGCAGCAAUUGGCAAUGACAGGUUCUGAAGAGGGAGAUCCACAUAUGAAGAGCAACCUUGCUAAAUUUGACAAAAGCUGUGUGGCUGCUUUCCUGGAUGUAGUUAUUGAUGGGCGUGCAGUUGAAACUCCUCCAAUGUCUUCUGUUAACCUCCUGGAGGGGUUGAGUAGAACAGUGGUUUACAUGACAUAUAGCCAGCUAACUACUCUGGUUGGCUUUAUGCGGAAUGUAAUGUCAAGUGAUCAACUUAAGGAAGAUCGGAUGGCUUUGGAAAACUUGCUGGCAAACUUACCCCAGAACAAACCAGGGAAAAGCAGCAGCCUUGAAAUGACUCCGUAUAAUACCCCACAACUUUCUCCUGCAACUACUCCAGCUAACAAAAAAAAUCGAUUACCAAUAGCAACACGUAGCAGAAGUAGAUCAAAUCUUCUACUGGAUCAGCAUGGAGAUCAUGAAGGAUCCUCCCAGGAGACUAUCCCAGAAGUUCAGCCAGAAGAAGUGCUGGUGAUUUCUUUGGGGACAGGUCCACAGAUUACUCCAGGAAUGAUGUCAGAAAAUGAGGUCUUAAAUAUGCAGCUUGCAGAUGGUGGACAAGGAGAUGUCCCCGUUGAUGAAAACAAACUCCAUGGUAAACCUGAUAAAACCUUGCGCUUUUCCCUCUGCAGUGAUAAUCUGGAAGGAAUAUCUGAAGGUCCUUCAAAUCGCUCCAACUCUGUGUCAUCUUUGGAUUUAGAAGGGGAGUCUGUGUCAGAGCUUGGCACGGGCCCCUCCGGGAGCAAUGGCGUUGAAGCUCUGCAGCUGUUAGAGCAUGAACAAGCCACAACUCAGGAUAAUCUUGAUGACAAGCUCCGUAAAUUUGAAAUCCGUGAUAUGAUGGGGUUGACUGAUGACAGAGAUAUAUCAGAAACUGUGAGUGAAACUUGGAGUACAGAUGUCUUGGGAAGUGACUUUGAUCCAAAUAUUGAUGAAGAUCGUUUGCAAGAAAUAGCAGGUGCAGCUGCAGAGAACAUGCUAGGCAGCUUGCUGUGUUUACCAGGUUCAGGAUCCGUGUUGCUUGAUCCCUGCACAGGUUCAACCAUAUCAGAAACCACAAGUGAGGCGUGGAGUGUGGAAGUAUUGCCAAGUGAUUCAGAAGCCCCAGACUUAAAACAGGAGGAAAGAUUACAGGAACUGGAAAGCUGUUCUGGGCUGGGUAGCACAUCUGAUGACACAGAUGUAAGGGAGGUCAGUUCUCGACCCAGUACACCAGGCCUCAGUGUUGUAUCAGGUAUUAGUGCAACAUCUGAAGAUAUUCCUAAUAAGAUUGAGGAUCUCAGGUCUGAAUGUAGCUCUGACUUUGGGGGAAAAGAUUCUGUGACAAGUCCUGACAUGGAUGAAGUGGCCCACGGAGCCAGUCAGUUGACAUCUCCUCCUUCUCAGACAGAUUCUUUGCUUGCAUUGUUUGACCCUCUUUCAUCAAAUGAGGGUGUAUCAGCUGUAGUAAGGCCUAAAGUACACUAUGCAAGACCCUCUCAUCCACCACCGGAUCCACCAAUCUUGGAAGGAGCUAUGGGAGGUAACGAGGCCCGAUUACCAAACUUUGGGUCUCACACUUUAAUUCCAACUGAUUUAGAAGCAUUCAAGCAGAGGCAUUCUUAUCCAGAGAGGCUAGUCCGCAGUAGGAGUUCAGAUAUAGUAUCAUCAGUUCGGAGACCUAUGAGUGAUCCUGGGUGGAACAGACGUCCUGGUAAUGAGGAGAGGGAGCUUCCUAUGCCGACCACCAACACUGGAGCAGCAGUUCUGGUGGCUGCAUCUCAGUCAUCAUCUUCAUCUCCCAGUAAAGACUCCUCGAGGGGAGAGAUUGAAGAACGAAAAGACAGUGAUGAUGAGAAGUCUGACAGAAACAAGCCCUGGUGGAGGAAACGUUUUGUGUCUGCCAUGCCCAAAGCUCCUAUUCCAUUUAGAAAGAAAGAAAAACAAGAAAAAGACAAAGAUGACAUGGUGCCUGACAGAUACUCAACACUUCAAGAUGAUCCCAGCCCAAGGCUCAGUGCACAGGCACAAGCUGCGGAGGACAUUCUGGACAAAUACAGGAAUGCAAUUAAGCGAACCAGUCCUAGUGAAGGAGCUAUAGUGAACUAUGAUGGUGCAGAGGCUAUUGGGGAUGGUGAGAGCGUGCAUGACUCUCCACGUGAUGAGGCUUUGCAAAACAUGUCUGCAGAUGAUCUCCCAGACUCCGCAAGUCAAGUAGCACAGCCACAAAGUUCUGCUUUCUCCUACAGGGAUGCAAAGAAGAAAUUGAGAUUGGCUCUUUGCUCAGCAGAUUCUGUUGCCUUCCCAAUGUUGACACAUUCAACAAGGAAUGGUCUACCAGACCACACGGACCCUGAAGAUAAUGAAAUUGUGUGCUUCUUGAAAGUUCAGCUAGCUGAAGCUAUUAACCUCCAGGACAAGAACUUGAUGGCCCAGCUGCAAGAGACAAUGCGAUGUGUAAGCCGUUUUGAUAACAGGACCUGUCGAAAGCUGCUGGCGUCUAUUGCGGAGGACUAUAGGAAAAGAGCUCCAUAUAUUGCUUAUUUAACUCGAUGUCGACAAGGCCUGCAAACGACACAAGCGCACUUGGAAAGGCUGUUGCAAAGAGUUCUGAGAGAUAAAGAAGUGGCCAACAGAUACUUCACUACAGUAUGUGUGAGGUUACUGCUAGAGAGCAAAGAAAAGAAAAUAAGGGAGUUUAUUCAAGAUUUCCAGAAACUUACAGCAGCAGAUGAUAAAACAGCCCAAGUUGAGGAUUUUCUUCAGUUCUUAUAUGGGGCUAUGGCUCAGGAUGCCAUAUGGCAGAAUGCCAGUGAAGAACAGCUUCAGGAUGCACAAUUAGCUAUAGAACGCAGUGUGAUGAAUCGUAUUUUCAAACUUGCCUUCUACCCUAAUCAGGAUGGAGAUAUUUUGCGUGACCAGGUCCUUCAUGAGCACAUUCAGAGGUUAUCUAAAGUAGUGACUGCAAACCACAAAGCACUUCAGAUACCCGAGGUAUAUCUCCGGGAGGCACCAUGGCCAUCUGCACAGUCUGAAAUCCGCACAAUAAGCGCUUAUAAAACCCCUCGAGACAAAGUACAGUGUAUCCUGCGAAUGUGUUCAACCAUCAUGAACCUACUUAGUCUGGCAAAUGAAGAUUCAGUACCUGGGGCAGAUGAUUUUGUUCCUGUUCUGGUCUUUGUCCUCAUAAAGGCAAAUCCACCUUGCUUGCUGUCCACUGUUCAGUACAUUAGUAGUUUCUAUGCCAACUGUUUAUCUGGAGAAGAAUCCUACUGGUGGAUGCAGUUCACAGCAGCAGUUGAAUUCAUUAAAACUAUUGAUGAUCGCAAGUAACUCAAACAGCACAUGUAUGGGCAGACUGUUAGCAGAAGAGGAACAUGUAAGAAUGUACAACAGCUGCAAAAAGCUGAAGAAGAGACUUUCCUUGUAUAAUACUGUACAGAAUUGAGGCAUUUUAAAACACAUCUUUACUAAUCAAAUUAAUUUAACAGAUUUUCCUCUUCUCUUUUGGUUGCGUUUUUUCUCCUAGAGAUACCGGCACUGCAAAAGGGACCACGUUUUUCAGAUGUUUUGGAAUCUCAAAACAUGCAGAAAAUGCUUCAUGCUUUUUCCACCACCCCUCUUCCUGAAUUCUUACUCACGUGAAUAAUUCACUUCAUUUAAUUUCUAAUAGAAAGCUGAAACAAGAAUAAUCAGGGCAACCACUUAGUAUACUUUCUAGCUUAAUACACCUUUUAUUAAUAAAACACCAGCCACACUGAAAGUUUGUAGUAGCUGACAUUAGUUAUCAAUUGUAUUUCACUUAAAUUUAAAAUCUGAGAGGACAGUGUAAAUAUGAUAUACCUAUAUUUAAUGCAUUGCAAUUAUCUUUGGACUCAUUAUCCUUUGAAUGAAUAAGCAAAAGCCUCUCUGACCUCUAACAGGUUGUGACAUACUGUGUUUUGGUAAUGAAAGGACUUCUCAAAAGGCUAAGAUUAAAAAAGGGCAAACUGAACUAUUUAUUAAAAUGUAAUUAAGAUUACUGAAAUUUCUAAAACUGGAAUUUAUAAUAGACAGGGCUUAUUAGAUAGCUAAACACUUUUUGGCUAGGGCAUUAGGGUGUUACAAAGGUUUGGAUAUAUAGAGGAGAGGGACUGUAAGUUACAAUAGAUAAGUCUAAUAUAAAAAAGGAGAAAUAAAAUACCUUACUGUAAUAUUUUUUUCUGAGAUAUUGUGUAUACUGUACAAACCCCAAACAGAGAUCCUUAGCAGAAUCUUGGACUGUAAUAUAUAUUUUGAUUAGUGACAUGAAAUACAUAUGCCAGGGGUUUCAGUGAAUGUUUUUACUAAAUGUUCUUCGUGUUGUCUGCUAUGCAGCAGUGCAAGUUUUACUGUUCAUAUAAAAUAUUUUAAAAUAUAACACUGUUCUUUAUGAAACAUAUCAUGACAUCAGUUCAGGGUGUUUUAUAGAUUUCUCCCCCCACUUUUCCCUUAAACCAACAAUUACCAAUUUAAAGAAGUUUUUAUGCACAACACCACAUGGAUUUUUCAUGAGUGAAAUGGUCUGAGUGAUGGCCCGUGGUUAUUAUCUGUAUAUAAGCACUUGCUGUUCUUUUUUUAGCUAGAAUUACAGUGAAAAAGGACAGUGAGCAUUUAACUUUUUCAUGUCAGUAUUAUUUCUUGCUCUUCCCAGAGUGUUCAUUGCACUUCUGACAGAGGGAUGUAUUAAGACUUGGUGUCUGUGAGUCGUAAAGAAAACAAAAUCUUUUUUGCGUUCUUUUC